AUGUGCGCCAGACGGCUCAAUUACGCUGGUGGAGAUAACCUACCGCUAUAUGCCACCCCAGAGGAGGCUAUGAAGGCCGGACAGAAAAGGGACGACGAAGAACGUAGAAGACGUGCUCGGAAAUAUGAAAAUCUGCCGCCGACGCAGAGACCUGGAAGACUAAACUCCGCUCCUCCCAUACCCAUCCCAGCACAGCAGCCGAUGAUUCCUGCUUACAACCCUGCUCCUCAGAUGGCCCAGUCUGUGCCCCACAUCCCGCCCACUAGGUAUACACCUGGCAACUCGCAAUCGCAGAGCCCCAGUGGCAUUCGUUAUAAUUCGAUGCCCCAGCCGGUUCCCGUAAUAAAUCGUGUGGCAAGAGGGAGGCCCGCGCCUAACCUAGCACACGCCUCCGUUCAGCCCCUGCCGCAGGCGCCCAUCGAUACCACCAGGUCGCGAAGCUCGCUGGAUGGCGUAGGCGAUCCGCAACAGGAUGCCAAGGACAUACAGAUUGCCACACAACUUUUUCAAAACCAUGACGUUAAACAACGAGGCAGACUCUCCGCAGAAGAGCUCCAAAAUCUGCUGCAAAACGACGACAGCACGCACUUUUGCAUUUCUUCCGUGGACGCGCUGAUCAACUUGUUCGGUGCUUCGCGGUUCGGAACCGUCAGCCUCACCGAGUUCGUGUCCCUCUACAAGCGGGUCAAGAAAUGGCGCAAAGUUUAUGUGGACAACGACAUCAACGGCAGCUUCACCAUAUCCGCAAGCGAGUUCCAUAACAGUCUGCAAGAGCUGGGGUAUCUGGUUCCCUUCGACGUGAGCGAAAACCUGUUCGACCAGUACGCUGAAUUCAUUGACCCUUCCAAGAAUGGCAAAGAGCUGAAGUUCGAUCGGUUUGUGGAGACCUUGGUAUGGCUCAUGCGACUGACCAAGAUGUUCCGCAAGUUUGACAAUAACCAAGAAGGGGUCGCCGCGAUUCCCUAUAAGGAUUUCAUAGACGUGACCUUGUAUCUAGGGCGGUUUCUGCCCCACUAA